CUUAUCUCUUAUCAGCGCUUAACAAUAUUUUUUGACAACGUAAAACAAUUGUUUUCCUAUUUUCUCGAGAUAAAAAAUUUAUAAUAUAAAUUUAUAACUCCAAAAUAAAAUAAAAACCGUACACAUUACGCGGUCACGUAAAACGUCGUCAACGUUCUUGAUUGUAUUUUAUACGUUUAAACUACUACUACUGGUUACAUAUUAUUAUUAUUAUUUGCGGUUGUGCAGGUUAAGUUUAUUUAAUUUUGUCCUAUAAACAAUUUCACAAGACAAAAUUUCAAUAUGGACAUGUUACGGAAAGCCUUGAGUGGCCAAGACCGAGACAAUGAUAGCUCCACUGGAAUUUUGCCUAAAUGGAAGUACCUGGAUUCUAAAAAUAAUGUUAAUCAAAUGUCAUCGUUAGAAUGGUCUACUCGUAUAAAAGGAUUUAUUGCAUGCUUUGUAAUUGGAAUUUUUUUUUCAUUAUUGGGUGCCACAGCAUUAGUAUUGCCUCUACAUAGAAGAAUGGCUGUAUUUGGAAUUUUUUAUACACUCGGGAAUAUUACAUCACUUCUUAGUACUUGCUUUUUGAUGGGUCCUGUUAAACAAAUAAAAAAAAUGUUUUCGUCCUCUAGAGUUGUUGCAACCAUUAUUGCUCUUGCGAUGAUUGUCCUUACAUUAGUCGCUGCAGUUGGUAUGAAAAACGCUCCAUUAACCUUUCUUUGCAUCAUUUUUCAAUUUCUCGCAUUGACAUGGUACUCAUUGUCUUACAUACCUUACGCUAGAGAUGCCAUAAAAAGUUCAAUGUCUACAAUCAUGGCAUAAUUCAUUGUUUUAAAUUUAAUAUAUCAAUUAUAUUCAAAUUAAUGGUUAACUAAAAUUGUUAUCAUAGAUGAUAGUAUAUGAAAUAGACACUAUGAUAUCUAUCGCUUUGUUAUGCUGAUUGUAUUCCUGUACGUCAAUUUGUUGAAAUUUAUACUUAACUAUUUAGCGUUUUAAGUGAACUCAGUUAUCCACCAAGUCAUCAUUUAUGUGUGUAGCUUAUACACUGUUGUUAUUAAUACUAUUAUGGGUAUUUUUUAAUACAAGCAUUUAUUAAAAAUAUAGUAUUUACAUAAACUUAAUUAAUUAAAUAUAUUGUGAACUUUAGCUAAGAAACAAUAACUAACGAGAUAAAUAAUGUUAUAUGAUACUGUUAUAAUUAUAAUUAAUGUCUUCCUAUAGAAUCUGAUUUAUUGUUAUUGUUUAAGAGAAAUAUUUCUAUUUUUUUUAUAGCUAAAUGAUUGUAACCUGAAUUUUUUUACAUACAAAUGUCCACUAACUAAACUAUGUCAAUUAUUGUAUUGUAUUAUGUCAAUUAAUUAUGAUACUAUGUCAAUUUAAUUUGGUAAUGUUAUUAAGUUAAGUUUAA